CCAGUUUAUUGGCAUUCCCUUCCCAGGGAAUACGGUGGAGUUGUGGCCUAUCCCGGAGGACACGUCUGGCGCCACGUCUUCGUCCUUUGUUGGGAAACGAGGCUCUGACAAUCCUCUGGCUACGCAGACAGCGACAUCACAAGGGAAGAUCUUGGACUGCGAUUUGGUUUCUACUCCUGUCGCGGAAGCAAACGAAGCCUCGUCCUCGUACGAGAUUGUCAUCGGUGGUGCACAAGUCGGAGAGUACUAUGACUCUGAAAAAAGUUUGUCACGGGAGAGCAGCGGCUUUGAUCGAGCAAUGGAGGUUGAAGUUAACUCUGCUGAAGCGAAUCCGAGGUUCUAUCGAACCGGGGAUGUGGGAGAGAUGAUGCCAAAUGCUGGAAUUAGAAUAAAAGGCAGGCGGGAUUGGCAAGUGAAGCUUGGAGGUGUUCGCGUGGAACUCGAGGAAAUAGAAGCGCGACUUCUGCAGCCCUGCUGUCAUUUAGAGAAAUUAUUGGAGCAAGCGACUUGCGUUGUUGUCCGGAGCAGAGCUUCCUCUCAUUCGCAGGAGACGGAGGCUGGAAACACAGCCUGCUCAAGCAAGCUUGUCCUUUGUGUAACACUGCGUGACUUUUCUGUGGGAACAAUGAACGCAGAAGUAGGUAGCGCUGGCACCCAAAACGAUGUUAGCGGCGCGGGCGGUUGGAUCGGGGAGCGAAGACUCCAGCGUUUGGUUUCCGCCGUCGUUCGGCAAGAAGCCGCAAAGGUACUUCCUCGACAAUGGAUGCCCCGCGAGGUGUGUGUUUUCGCGGAGAUGCCACUUACAAGCAACGGAAAAGUCGACCGGAAGGCUCUCAGGGCAUCCCUCGAACUGACACCGCUCCAACAGGGGAGAGAUCAGAAACAGAAGCGGCUAAACAAAAGUGAAAAGAUUGAUAGUGUUUCCACUUCUCAAGACGGAGAUGAUCGUUGUGAUGGUAGCAGUUUUGAAUCGUGCUCAUCGCGUUUGACGGCGUGGGAGAUGGCAAUCGCAGAGAUUUGGGCGGCAGAGCUGGGCUUGUCUAGCGGAGCCGAGAUAGAGCCUGAAGAUAACUUUUUUCAACUCGGCUCUGAUAGUCUUGGUGCGCUCCGCGUCUGCCGGCGACUCAUCGCACUACUUUAUAACAAACCAAAUGGCAGCACAAGCGCAAAGACGACACCAACUUCAGCUGUCGGAGAUUCAGCAGACAACACUGUCUCAACAAUCUCAAAGAGCAGUGGGCCACCACCAGCGGUUGAGUUACAAAUCGUUGACGACUUUGGUACCAUCUAUCGGGACGAGUUGACAGUGCGAUUUCUGCUGCUGCACCCAGUGUUACGGGACUAUGCCGGCGGCGUGUUGGAUGCGGUCAGCAAGGAUCCCGUAUGUAUCAGCGCACUCGCCCGUAUUCUUCAGAAAGAAGACAGAGAUCGCGUUCCCAUUUUUACCACGGAAGUUUCUACUGGGCGCUUGAUGGCUGACGACUACCUGUUGCGAACUGCGGUGUAUUUCAAUCUACCUCAUUUCGUAGAAGUUUUGCUCAAAACCUCCAGCAAGGUGGGAGGCGAAACGAUUACAACAAGCAGUGACGACGUUGAUGAUUAUAGUAAGCAGACGGAGGCGGGAGAGGAGCGUCCAGGGAAGAGACGGAAGCUUCCCCCUGCAACGACCGCCCUUCAUAUUGCCAGCCAAAAGGGAUACACAGGCGUGGUGAAACUCUUGUGCCAGCACUUGGAUUAUGUGGAAAUACAGCGCCCAGAUGCAAACGGCGUGCUUGCUCUCCACCUGAGUGCGAACCUGGAAAUCCUAGAGUUGAUCUGCGCGCGCCUGCCUUCAAGCUACCUCACGGCACGAGAUCGCAACCGUCAGACCAUUCUGCACUUCCUGGCGCGGCGCGGCGACGCCAGUACAUUGAAGGUGCUACUUCGCGAAGAAGAAAACAAGGUCACGACUGCUGCGGAUGAAGAAUCUUCUGUGGUGCCUCGUGCUGAGCAAGUAGAUUCUCAAAAAGCGAGUUCAACAACAGCAUUACUUCUAAGUAACCGUGAUCAACAAAGUGCUCCACAAUGGCCUGUCGGGACGCUGCACUAUUUCGAUUCGCGCGUGGAUUGGCGAGACAAGUGGCACCGCACGCCGCUCAGUUGGGCCAUUCUGAAUGGACACGAGGAUUGUGUUCGGGUGUUACUUCAGGCCAAAGCGAAUCCGAAUAGCAAGGUGAAAGACGGCAAGCACAAGAAGGAGUCGCAUCUUGUGAAUGAGAGUGCCCUGGAGCUUGCGCAACGGGUCGGUUUUGCGGAGCGGCUCUCUCAAACCCGUGCGGAUUUAGAAGCGCAGAUGGACACUAAAUGAUUAUCCCUCUCAGUAACACAUUAUCGAGUCUCACUACAUCACGCACGAUAGCGUAUUUGUUGUCGCGCCCCUCGGACAUAACUAUAAUUUAUCACAUAAAAUAUUAUGCCACCACGAGACUUGUUCUCACCACUCUCGGCGUCGAAGCUUUUCCUCAGCCUUCAGUUAAGGC